AUGAAAUCAUAGAAUAUUUUUGUUAAGAGUUCAUUGACUCCAAACUAUAAAAGUUCACUAAGCAGUAAAGCAAACUUAUUAGCAAAUAACAAAAAUAGUAUCCUUUAGUAGACUUCUUAAAAUAAUUUUGAAUAAGUAGAAUUAAAUAGCUAGUUUAAUAAGAUGACUCAUUAAUAAAGACUAUCUACACAGUUCAAGUCCAGAAAAAAAAUAGAUAUAUCUGAAUGUAAUUGCGGCUGUGAGACUUGCUUAUAGAAUAUACAGCAAAUGAAGGAAGCGAUUUAACUUGCCAAUAAGGAAGUAGAAUAUUUGCAAUUUAUGAUCAACUUUAAAGAAAUUGGAAUGGAAAAAAGAGAAAUCAUGUUAAAUAAAUACAUGGAAUAAAUGACUUAGUUGCAUGAAGAUUUAAAAUACACUAAAAUACAUAACAACAAACUAUAGAAAAAAUUAGAGGUGUAUGAAGGAACAAGCAAAAAUAAUACUUUGGCUUAGCUGAUAAGCAAUUAAAAUGCCUUUUAAGUAGAUUAAAAUAAGUAAAAGAUCAAUACAUAAGCUGCAAGAAGAGCUUCUUCAUCAAGUAAUAUGAACAAGAAUAACAUUUUUAACUAAAAUAAUCAGCUAAAAGAUAGACUGUAAAUCAGAAAGUCAAUUUUAUAGCAACGACAUUCAAGUAAGUUUGGUCCGAACACCUCUUCAUUAAUUAACUCUAAAGAUCUAAGAAUGUAUAAUUUGUAAGAUUUGGACGAGGACAGCGAAUUAUCAUAUGAUGAAGUUAUAUAAAAUAUUGAUGAAAGAUAAAUGUCACCCUAAGCUUCACCUAAAUCUAAUAAUUCAAAAAAUCAAUCUACAAAAAUCUUACAAGCUGCUUAAACAACCAACAGAAGUGAUAAAGGAAGGGCUAGCUCUUUCAGUCAUAGUAUAAGUGUGCAAAUAGUAACAAAUACUCAAGGGAGAUAAGAUGAUGAAGUAUUAUUUAGAAAUGAUUAAGACUCAAAUUCUUUGAUGGAAAGAGGAGAAGAAGAUCUUCUAAGCAAUAAAAAACUAAUAUUUUUAGAAAGAUUUUUUGAAAAUUAGCAAGUUUUUUACAAUUAGAUACUAAAUUUGAAAGAAACUCAACAGAAACAACUAGUUAAAGUGGUUAAUUUUGCUUUAAACGAUUUAAAGCGUUUUUUCAAUCUUUCUCUAAGAUAUAAAGAACUUUUAAACGUAACUAGUGAAAUAGCUAAGUACACAAGUUUUGAUCAUGCUUUUGAUAUGAUUUUAAAAAAAAUAAUUUAACACUUAAAAUGUGAUACUGCAUCCAUAUUUUUAGUCGAUUAUUAGAGCUAAGAGCUAUGGACUGUAGCAAAUAAAACAGGAAAAACUAUAAGAUUUCCUCUAAAUGAUCGUUCGAUUGCAGGAUACUGUAUUAAACAUGAAAUAGCUAUGAAUGUCUUUGAUGCUUAUGAAGACCCCCGAUUUAAUAAAUAAGUGGAUUUUGAUACAGGUUAUAGAACAAAAACAAUACUAUGUGUUCCGAUUAAAGACCAAAAGAAUUAAGUAGUUGGAUGUUUGGAAGCAAUAAAUAAGGUAAAUGAUUUUUUCAAUAAAUAAGACUAGGAAAUGCUAGAAAUUAUGGGAAGUUUUUGCUCUUCAAUUUUAUAAAAUUCUCUUAAAUUUGAUAAGCUGUUGAUUUAGAGAGAUUAUUACAAGAAAUUGAUAUAGGUGAAUAAUUUUAUUUAGGAUAGUGGCAAGAUAAGGAAAAUGAUGACUCAAGCUGAAGAAAAAAUGAAAGAAUUACUAGGAUCUGAUAGAUUUUAUAUUUAUAUCAUAGAGAAAGUAGAUGAUACAAUAAAUUUAAAACGGUAUGUAAAAGGUUAGAGGAAUCCUAUAAUAAUUGAGAACUUAAAGUCAGGGAUUCUUUAUCAAGUAAUUCAAACUCAAAAAUUGCAAAAAGACUAACAACCAUAAGAGUGUUAAUACUAUGAUAAGUCUGUUGAUAUGGAUACUAAUUUUCCAUUAUUUACAGUCCCUAUAUUUAACUUAGAAUACACUCAAAUUCUUGGAAUAUACUAGGCCGAAAAUGCAAAAGGUUUUUUGCAUAAGCACUUUGGAAAAGACGAAGACUUUCAAAGUAAUUAGGAAUCCUUAUACUUAUAUGGGGAGAUAAUUGGCAAUUCUAUCUAAAAAUAUUAAUUUUUCUAGAAGAAAAUAGCAAAGUAUGUAAAAGGAGAUUAAUAGUAGCAGCAGCAAUAACUUUAAAGUUAAUGA